AUGAUUCUGUGGCAUGGCUUUGGCGUGGUUGCCUCCACGAGGCAUAUUGGGAAUUGCUUGCUGCUCUCCGUGUCUCUCAUAGCGAUCCAUGCCAACACGAACCUUGAGUCUUCAACAGAUGGCCCCUACAUGUGGAAGGCAGGCCAGUGGGGACGGUGCGUGGGGGAGGACUGCGGCCCCGGGGGGGUGCAGAGCAGGACGGUGCGGUGCAUACACUCGGAGGGCUGGACCGCACACCCAUCCAGCUGCCCGCCGGCCCAGAUGCCCGAGCAGCAGCGCCGCUGUUUCCGGCCCUGCGACUGGCAGCAAGAGCUGUUUGAGUGGGAGGCAUCGGAGUGGGGCCCCUGCGCCCUGGCCCCUCGGGGUCCCUCCUCUGCGGGGGCGGGGCCCGGUACACGGCAGGCGGAGUGCGUGACGGCGCAACACGGUGUCCAGCAGCGUGAGGUUCGCUGCGUCCGCGCCUCCAACCGCAGCGCCGUGACGGAGCGCGUCUGCGAGUUCUUCUCCCGGAGGCCCGCCGAGGAGCAGGCCUGCCUCGUCCCCUGCCCCCGCCCCUGCGUCGUCUCCCAGUUCUCCUCCUGGUCCGGCUGCAGCAGGACCUGCGGCGCCGGCCUCCAGCACCGAACUCGGGCCGUCCUGGCCGGGCCCGUGUACGGCGGCGCCGGCUGCCCCAACCUCACUCAGACCAGGCCUUGCGAAAACCUGAGGUCCUGUCCCACCGGGGAGGGCGAGCACCACUACAGCCUUCGGGUGGGGCCCUGGAGCGAGUGCCGGCUGCCCCAUCACAAAGAUCUGUUUCUCAGCGGCCGCACCCUGCUGGACUUCAGCGCCGACACUGCGGCGAGGAAUUCCGUUAAGCGGCACGUCCAUACCGUCUACCACCACCGUCACCAUCAGCACCCCCACCACCUCCGCAAUUCCAAGGCCCUGGAUAUCGAGAUCGGCUACCAGACCAGGCAGGUCCGCUGCACGCGCAGCGAUGGCAAGAACGCGAUGCUGAGCCUUUGCACCCAAGACAGUGUCCCUGUUACAUUCCAGUCUUGUGUGAUGCCCAGAGACUGCGAGACAUCCCACUGGUCUCCGUGGAGCCCUUGUUCGAAGAGCUGCCGGGCAACGGAUCUGUCGCCGGGAUACCGGAUAAGGUCCCGGAGCCUGAAACAGAUCCCUGUUGGUGGGGGCAAGGAGUGCCCUGCCUUCGAGGAGAAAGAGGCAUGCAACAUCAUAGGAGACUUGCUUCCAAGUUGUCCCAGGUACUUGUGGAAGAGCACAGACUGGGGUGACUGUCAAGUACAGCCCCUCCUGAACCCCCAGGACCGGCGCCUCAGCAAUUUGAGUGCACUGUGUGGCGGGGGGAUCCAGACCCGAGAAACCUACUGCAUUCAGGUCCCGGGAGAUGCGAAAGAAGUGAGCAGACCGGUGAGCAGGAGGCUCUGCUUGGGAAACAGCCCCGCUGCCGUCCAGCCCUGCUCCAUCCCCUGCCCACAGGAGUGCUUGGUAUCCCUCUGGUCACCGUGGGGACCCUGCAUACAUGACAACUGCCUGGACCCACAGGGGAAGAGAGGGUUCAGGCAGAGGAGGCGGCUGGUUGUCCGGGAGCCGGAAGGCACCACCCAGGGAUGUCCACACCUCGUGGAGUCCAUGCCGUGCGAGGACCCGGUCUGCUUCCGGUGGAGCGUCUCCCCGGUGUCAGGGCAGAAGGAGGAGGAGCUGUGCGUUCCCACGGAUGGGCAGUGUGGCCCCGGGACUCGAGCCCAGGCUGUCCGCUGUGUCGAUGCCCAUGGAGGGACUGUGCCCAAUGAGAGGUGCCCCGAUGCCCCGCCCACCACGAUGCCCUGUGAGGUGCCCUGCCCUGGUGACUGUGUCGUCGGCUCUUGGGCCGCUUGGUCCCCCUGUUCCCACUCCUGCUCCGGCAAGAACUCGGAGGGCCGGCAGAGUCGCACGCUCGCCAUUCUGGCCCUGCCUGGACAAGGCGGGAAGCCGUGCCCGCCGGCCGCAGCCCUGGAGGAGUGGAGAUCGUGCAACACCCACCCGUGUAUCAUUUUCUACUGGGAGACCUCACCCUGGGGGCCCUGCAGCGAGGACCCUUCUGCGGGCGACCUUAACACCACCAGCAGCUUGGAGGGGACCCCCACCUGCGCGGCGGGCAUCCAAACACGCAAGGUGGCCUGCAUGAAGAUGAACGUGGGACAAGUGAUUCCGAAAAGGUGUCCGGACUCCUCGCGACCCGACACCGUCCGGCCUUGUCUGCUGCCCUGCAGAAAGGACUGCAUUGUGACACCGUUCAGCGAGUGGACGCCUUGCCCCUCCACCUGCCAGCCAGUCAAUGCCACUGUGGCCACCCAGUCGCGCUACAGAAUCAUCAUCCAGAGACCAUCCGAUGGAGGGCAGGAGUGUCCAGACACUCUCCACGAGGAAAGAGAGUGUGAAUCACUUCCGGUGUGCCCAACCUACAGGUGGAAAACACAUAAAUGGCAUCAGUGUACCUUAGUGCCUGAAUCUGUCAGGCAGGGACUGACUGGGAUGGGGGAGUCCUGCGGCCGGGGUCUGGAGAUCCGAGCUGUGACCUGUGUGGGUAACGAUGACGAGCCAGCCAACAUGACAGAGUGUCUGCAGUGGGCCGGAACCAUGCCCCUGCAGGUGAGGCCGUGUCAGGUACCCUGCAAAGAUGACUGCACCUUCAGCAACUGGUCCAAGUUCACCGACUGCUCAGGCUGCGGAGGCUGGAGGACCCGAAAGCGUACACUCACAGGCCGUAGCAAGAAGCUGCUGAAGUGCCAGAAGUCGGAGCUGUACCCGCUGGUGGAGGCAGAGCCCUGUACUUGUCUGGAGUUCCAGGCCGAGCCCCAGGGGAACUGGUCCUCCUGCGUGCUCCCGGAGACUCAUGGCUGGAGGGCCCAGCGAGAGGCCCGCGAGUGCGGCCAGGGUCUCCGGUACCGCGCCAUAGCCUGCACCGACCAGGACGGACGACUCGUGAACCCUGCCCUCUGUGGAGGCUCCGGUUACGUGGAGGAAGUCUGCCACAUUCCCUGCCCCCUGGACUGCAAGCUCAGUGAUUGGUCAACCUGGUCAGCCUGCAGCGCCCCCUGUGGCAGCGGGGUGAAGGUCAGGUCAAAGUGGCUGCGGGAGAAAGCCUUCAACGGGGGCCGUCCUUGCCCCAAGUUGGAUCUAAAGAAUCAGGCUCAGGUGUAUGAGGCAGUGCCAUGCUACAGCGAGUGCAAUGAGUUCACCUGGGCUCCAGAGCCCUGGUCCGCAUGUGCGGUCAACACAGUGGGUGACCCCCCAGCCUGUGGAGAGGGCGUGCAAACCCGCAAAGUGAGGUGUAUACAGAAAGACACUGGCAACAUCAUGGACGACGGUCCGUGUGACCCGGAGGAAGCACCCCCUAGUGCCCAGACUUGCUUUCUGCCCUGCCCAGAGGACUGUGUGAUGUCAGAGUGGAGCCAAUGGAGUGCUUGCACCGCACGGUGCGACCCGGACACGUCGAGGAAGCGGUUCCGACGGAUUCUACGCCUCUCCCGCACGGGCAGAGACUGUCCCGGACCCGGCCAGACCGAGAGCUGUGUGCUCAAUAGCACUUGCUUCAGUUACCGCUACAACCUCUCAGACUGGAGCACCUGCCUGUUGAGCGAGAGCGCCAUCUGUGGGCAAGGGGUGAGGAUGCGGCAGCUGGAUUGUGUGCGGAGCGACGGGAAGGUGGUGGACCUGAGUGUGUGCGAGGAGCUGGGAUUGCGGAAGCAGUGGAAACUCACCACGACCUGCGUGGUGGACUGUCCGGUCAACUGCCUGCUCUCCGAGUGGACGCCUUGGUCUGAGUGCUCCCUCACCUGUGGCCUCCAAGGUCAGAUGGUCCGAUCCCGGAGCGUGAUACAGCCGGCGCACGAGCAGGGGCGACCCUGCCCGUCUCAGCUGUCCCAGACCAAGCCGUGUCCCAUAAGGCCCUGCUACAGCUGGCUGCUCAGCGAGUGGUCCUCAUGUCGGACAGAGGGUGCGGACUGCGGGGAAGGGGUGCGAGAGAGGAACCUGACCUGCGUCGUGCAUGGGGGCGACUCCACGGACCUCUCAACGGCCACCGCUGUGGACCCCAACAAGUGCGAGGAGAAGCUGAGGAUCACAGGGGUGCAGGAGCUGCAGGUUCCCUGCUUGGUUCCCUGCCCAGGUGACUGCCACCUGACAGAGUGGGCACCAUGGAGCUCCUGUCAGCUGACCUGCUUGAACGGGAGGGGCUUCGAGGCCACGGGCCAGCAGGCACGCUCGCGAUCCGCCGUGCUGCAGGUGCUUGAGAACCAGGACAGCUGCCCACAGCAGGAGUUCGAGACGCGGCCCUGCAAAGAUGGUAAGUGCUACAGCUACGAGUGGCAGACCGGCAGCUGGAGGGCUAACGGGCGAUCGGUGUGGUGUCAGCGCUCAGAUGGGGUCAAUGUCACAGGAGGGUGUUUUCUGCAGGACCGGCCCACGACCGUGAGACACUGCCACCCGCCAUGCACUAAGCCUUUCUCCCACUGCACGCAGAGGGGUGUCUGCGGCUGCGAGGCGGGCUACACGGAGGUGAUGACAGCUCACGGCUUCCUGGACUACUGCACCAGGACCCCCGGGGCAGACAACAAGAAGGCCGACGUGAAGAUCAACACCGGGAGACUCCGGCCUGGAACCACCCAAGUCCAGAACUUCUUCCACGAGUGGUCGCUGAAACCCGUUGGACCAGAUGGCAGGAUAAAGCCCUGGGUGUAUGGAGUCACCGCCGGAGUAUUUGCCCUCAUCUUAUUCGUCAUCGGCCUCUCCUUCCUCAUGUGCAAAAGAGCGACGCAGAGUAAAAGUCCCUCCCCGCCACAGAAGCCCUUGACACUGGCCUACGAUGGAGACAUGGACAUGUGAGCAGCCUGCAGCCCCGAUGGCGCAGGGAGGAGUCCGCCACCACCAGAUGGCACUGGAAGCAAACAUAUGCAACAUUUCUUUACAAAAAAAACAAAUGAAGAAAAAAAAACUUUGAUAAAGUGAAAAAGGAAGUAAACGCAGCCUCCUGCGUGGUGCCAGCGAGAGAGAAGACCCCGUGACCUUUGGAUCUCUGCACCUGCGUUUUGGAGCGUUCUCCUAGAGUCACGCAGAGGUUUGAGCGUGAGGACUACAGGAGGACAGCUACAGGGGGUCAGCGGGGUGGCAUUACAUUCGCCUAAGCGACUUUUUAAAAGUUUUCCUAAAAAAAAAAUGAGAUCGAAAGUGACAAAGGCAAAAGUGGAAUUCCAGCGAACGACGAGAAAGGAAAGGGAUCCGCUAUGCACUACAUUAGUGCCUCCUCAAUCUUCCCCCUUUCAGAACAGACUACUUUUUUCUAGUGUCGACAAUGUGACGCCAGGAUCUUUUUUUUUGUCUUUUCCUUUUUGCCUGUGAAGCUGUGUUUUUCGACGAUGCCGCCGUCCGCGUGUAUCCUUGUUCCUCCCCGUUCUUCAAAAGUACCAAAAGCAGGCCGACCGGCAGCAUAUUAAGAAAAAAAAAGUCCGAAAUGUGGUACCGCCCAUCUGUCCCACACCGUCUCCCAUCACGUCACCUCGUUUACCGUAGUUCGACCCACACAUUCCCGCGAGUUUUCAGGUGAGUGCGGGAGAGCAGUGUGUCAUCGUGUCACAUAGAUCCACCUAUCAGAGAAGCACACUGCACCUCCUGAUGCUCCUUCACCAUGUUUUUCCUGUGUGUGCGAUACAGUACAUCACCCAGCAUCACAGCUCCUCUGUGACUGCACUCUUUCUUUCCUUCCUUCCUGCCUUCCUGUCCACUUCUCGGCGUCGUGGCCUGUGACACAACGCUCCACCUGCAUUUGCAAACCGUGAUUGUAACAGAACCCCAGCGGCACGUGUGAGCGUUUUUUCCGGGAUCUUGUUCAUUUGCCCGGGGGGCACAGUGGCUCGGGAUGUGCUGACCAUGGAAAUGCAGCAGAACGUGGAGCUUUGAGGAAACACCUUCUGUUCUAGGAAACUGCCAACAAAGAAGCGACUCUCCUGUGUCACGGGCCCCAGAACUGUAGACAUACCUCAGGCAGCGUACUGUAUUAGCUUUACGUUUAUGUGGCUCAUUCGUUUGUUUGUUUGUUUAUUUAUUUGAAAAUGGUACAAGGGAAACUUUGUGGUUUUUGGUUUCUUGGUACAACAAGGUAAAACUGUUGUGUAAAUUGGUAUGCUGUGUGUGUGUGUGUGUGUGUGUGUGUGUGUGUGUGUGUGUGUACGUUUGCUUAGUCGCCCAUCCUCCAAGAAGUGGCCUUGCAACAACUUUGCUCCAUCGCCAUGUGUGUCGCACCUCAGCAACCUACAGAGAGGAGUCCCGUUGCCCCGU